CUCCUGCACAUGACACAGGGAAACCAAAGGUGUUUCUGCCCUCAUUUUAAGUAAGGGGAGAAGAGUGCUUCAGUUCAAAAGAGGAAGACACACCCAUAACUCAAGUUACUACAAAACCCGCUGCAGCUUUUGUCUCACUUCUGCAGCAAAAUGGACAAGAUUAAAACCAUCCUCAACUUCGCCAGCGAGCAGACCAGCCUCGGCUUGGGCCUGAUCUCGUUACUCACUGCAGGGAGUGAACAGAUUUUCUCAAAAGCGGUUUUCCAAUGCCCCUGCAACCAACUCAACUUCUUCUAUGGCUUUGUGUUUUUGCUUGUUCCUGCUUUGGCAUUGAUGACUCUUGGUUUUAUUUUUUCCAAGAAAACAUGGAAAUUGGUGACAGGUUUGUGUCACAGAAAGGAGGAAGGAGCCACUACAAACAGGCAGCAAAAAAACAAGAAAGCGUGUUGCAGCUGCCAUAAAGUGAAGUCUCUUGCAAAUGUGAUCUUUCAGAUUUCGACGUUUGUUUUCCUGGCUCCGAGCACCUGGAUUGCAGUGGCUCUUCUGAAUGGGGUUUACAUCGAGUGCGCCAUGACAGGGACCAGCAUGACACUGUUUAACGCUCAUUUGUGCAAAAGGACUGAGAUGGAGGCAGACUGCUUAAAGGAGCUACACACAUUCCCCUGUGGAGUAGUUGGAAAUGUGACUCAAGACAAGAGAGACGAGGUGCUCCUCGAGAUCAAAGCAGAGUCACAGGUUGCGGGUUGGCUGCUGAUUGCGACCAUGAUCCUUUUCUACUUGGCCCUCAUCUGUGUGGCUCGGUGCUGUUCUCCGGUCAGUUACCUCCAGAUGAAAUUCUGGAGGCGCUACAUCCAGGAGGAGGACACUGUCUUCGACUCGUACUCGGCAGGACACGCCAAGGAACUGGCCGAGUACAAUGUCUUUCGCUUCUUCAACCACACCAUUGGAAGACCAGGCUCUUUUUACACACCUUUAAACGAGGACUGGCAGGAGAUCUCCUCCCUCUACAUCCCCCGCGACAAAACAGGGGGGCAGUAUUACAGCGCACUGCACGGUUUCAAGAGGCCUGAGAAGAAGAGGAGCAUAGACCCGGACAACCUACCAUUGCUACAGCCAAGAGAUGAUUAUGAGCUUGAGGAGAGGAUCAUAGACACCUACGACAUGACCCCGCUCUCAGUGGGAGUGAUGUCAAGAUGUGCACAGCGAAACGAUGAUGACGCGCCCAAGCCUGAGGAGAGCAGCCACUACCUGCCCCCAAUGUCAGUGGGACUGAUGUCAAACAUGUGCAGAGCAAAAAGAUGACGCGAAAGACAGACUGCGUGGUUUCAAGAGGCCUGAGAGGAUCAUAGAGCCCUACGACAUGCACCCGCUCUCACCGGGACUGAUGUCACCAUGUCCACCUCCAAGAGAUGAUGAUGACGAGCCCUGAAUGGAAACCGUCAUAUACCAAUGUUUUUUUGAUUGUUUCUAUCAUAGUCCAGUUUUAGUCCGGGUUUAAUUCUGGUUCAGUCCAUGGUCCCUCACCCUAGUGUUUUUUGUUUUGUUUUCAGUGUUAUUCUGUAAAGUUCACAACUGAAGUUUAUUUGUACAGCACAUUUUAUAAACAAAACAGUACUGCACAUAACAAAAAUGAAAAAAAAUAAAAAGAAUCCCUAAAAAGUAAGCAACGUCUUGAGUGACAAGGAACAGUGUGAUGGUUCCAGCACACAUUGAGUUUAUUCUGUUUUAGGUUACGUUUACACAUAGUUGGGGAUUUUGAGAAACGAAUAUUUCCCUCCCUCCGUUUUCCAAAAUACAUCGUGCACACAGCAUUGUUUUCAAAAAAGUUUUCAUUUACACCGACCCGCAUAAAUACACCAUCGAGCGCCGUCAUAACUACACCGAGCCUCUGGGCGCAGCUGGAUUAGACUCAAACCUGUAGCUUUUAUUUCAUUACAGUUGUACGUAUAACUCACAAAUACCUUGAAAAAUGUGCAUUGGUGAGCGGCUCGCCUCUCCAGAGAUCUGUUAAAGAAGUGGUAGUAACACUGACCUCCGAGCCCUUGUUCAUCUUUCUCAUGGAUCUGAUCCAUUAGCUGUGUGCAAAUGCAAACACAUGAAAAGUCUUUCAGCAGAAGAAAUGGAUGAGCUGAAGCGGGGGUGGUGUCCGGUGCCUCCACCUGAGAUGUGCUUUCCCCGGGAAAAACUAAACAAAACAAAAAGAACACGUGCGCAGACGGACACUCAGAACAACAUAUAACGAACCAAACGGGAUUCACACUUCUGUCCGGAUGCUGCACCACCUCGGAACCAACCGCGGUCGAGUGCGGAGGACCAGAGCAGCCCAGUGCGCAGAUGACGGCACUGAAGCACUCGGACCCAGUUCUUUGCUCGCUGGUCUUGUUCGCCCCCGUCUGGAACCAGGACAUGGAGGACGAAGACUCCGGACCGAUCUGACCAACACUGGACCCCGCGCUGACUGCUCCCGUGUGUUUGGCUGCUGCCCGAGCUCAGAGCUUCUGCUCCGGGCUGAUGUGCGGUGAGUUUGUACAAAGUUCUACAUGCUGCUGAUUUAUGAGUGCUCCUAUGCUCCUAAAACUCCGUUUAUCUCACUUUACACGCAAAUGUGAAAAUGGAGU